AUUAUCAUUCAUGUAGCGCACUGUUCAAAUCAUCUUGUAUUGUUUCCCGUGCGGUAAUAACUGUUACCUCUUGGCUCCACUGUUAGGUGUAAGUAAAUUAUGAGCUCCUACUUAGGGGCAAGCUCUCUUUUGUCUCAUGUUGAUAUGGCAGCUUUCAGAGCCCCAUAUCAAUGAGAUAUUUCCAGUUAAUUGUUUCAACAAAUUACCGGUAAACUUCUUGGCCAUCUUAAAGAUUUUCUGGUUUUGGGAGUUAUAUUCCCAUAAUAAUUUAGCUGAACUCGACGAAGUUUACAAACUGGGCCAACUAUUGUCACGAAUACUCGCUGUUAACUGCUUCUGUCUCUCCAACUGCAUAUAGAAAUGGAGACUUUUGCAUCAUACAUUUCAGAAAAGCUGGGUACGGAUGUUGUGGCUGUUCGUCUACUUUUAUCCAUGUUCAUGGGUUAUCCUAUCGCUUUUAUAUACAAUAUGAAGGCAAGCUCGUGGAAAAUUUCCUAUCGACAUCUUUAUUUGUUUACAUGUGGUGUCCUUUUGUUCCUGUGGAAUUUUGGUUUUGAUAUUGUGCAUAUGUUUGUUGGGAUUUUCGCGACACUGUUUGUUAAUUAUUUGUUUAUGCACUCGAGAACUGCCGUCAUAUUUGCUUUCGUGUUUAAUAUGGGAUAUUUAAUUAUCGGCUCUCAUAUAUGUAACCGAGGUACCUAUGAUAUAAAUUGGACAACACCAUAUUGUGUUCUUUGCUUGCGAAUGAUUGGACUAUCAUGGGAUUUAUAUGAUGCAUCUAAAACAGAAAGUCAACGUUCGGUUUCUCAAAGAAAAUCAGCUUUAUCUAAAUUUCCUGGAGUAUUGGAGACAUUAGCUUUUUCUUUUACUCCAACAGCUUUUCUUACUGGACCCCAGUUUCCCAUGCGACAUUUCCAAGCAUUCAUUGAUGGAUCGUUAAGGCCAGUAGUCCACUUAAGAAAGAGCACAUUUAAACACCGUUUCAUCUAUAAUGCCAAGUUCUAUCGGACAUUGAAUCGCUUGGUAUUGGGAUAUUUUGGCGUAAUUGUUUUAUCGAAAUGGUUCGCAAUGUACCCUGCCGAUAAAAUGUUAACUGAUGAGUUUCAAUAUGAAUGGAGUUUCUUUUCACGUCUGCUUUACAUGAUGAUAUUUGGACAGUUAACGUUAUUACGUUAUGUAUCAAUCUGGCUAAUAGCUGAAGGUUCUUGUGUUUUAAUUGGGCUUGGAUGUACUGGUUUUGUUCAUAUUAGAUCUAAAGGAUCUAUUCAACUUCCCGAUUUUAUAACAAAUAAGGAUUCUGACACGGUUACACGUGACGGUCCUGUUUUAAAACGUCGGGAUUCUGCUGUGGAUUGGUCUCUUGUAGAAAACUAUAUCAAAUCCCAUGCAGAACUUUAUGAUCCUGCACAAGUGAUAGUACGUGAAGCUCCUCAUACAGCCUGUGCAAAUAUCUCUUUAAAACGAUAUAUUUUCGCAACAAAUACUGAUGAUCUUGUCGCUGGUUUCAACAUCAAUACCAACAGAUGGCUUUUAGAUUAUGUUUAUAAACGCUUACGUUUCUUGGGCAAUAAAAAUUUAUCUCAAAUAAUAUCAUUAUUAUUUUUGGCACUUUGGCAUGGUACAUACAGUGGCUAUUAUGUCAAUUUUGGAAUAGAAUUAUUAGUAGUGACAGUUGAAAAAGAUUUUUUAUCUAUACUGAAAAAUUCAAAAUACAAUCAUUUCUUUUAUAAAACGUUUACUGGACGUGUAAUCAGCAGUGUAUGUGGCAAACUUCAUAUUUAUUUUAUUUUGUCUAGUCCGAUGGUGGCGUUUUAUUUGUUAAAAUUUCAUCUAUGGUUCCCUGCAUUGAAAUCAAUUUAUUUCAUUGGUUUAUGGUAUGUAUUUUGGCCAUUAAUAAGACCAACUGUCAAAUAUCUGCUACCACCAUUACCGAAAUCUCAAUCAGAAAAGUCAUCUCAACUUUCAACAACAAUGAAUGGUGACGUCACUUCCGUCAUUGAUCAGUUAUCAUCAAGAAAACAACAGUGAUACGGUAGCAUAAUAUAAUUGUAUUUAUUUCCUUACCGUGUUCAUUCAAAUAUGUUAAAUAUAUACAUAUAUAUGUACGUAUCUAUGUGAACACGAAGAUCGAAAAAACAUGAAACUGUGACUUUAUUAUUGUUGACCUGUUGUGCCUUUCUUCUAUCAUGAGUAAAUUAAGAUGACAAAGAAAUAAUAAUGACUCGUUCAUAUUGUACGAUACUAUAUGAAUUUAUAUGUGUUAGUGUACUUUUCAUCCUAUUAUUUCUCUUCAAUUUACUCACUAAAAGGAUAGAUUAAGCACAUUUAUCUUUAAAUUGUUCAGCAAAGAUUUUUUAAAUAAUUAACAACAAUCCAUAUCAACUUUAACAUUUCAAUUUUUAUUUUUUUAAUAUCCUACUAGAUUUUUUUUCAUGUGGUUUUCAUUAAGACUAAGUGUCUAUAUUAUUAUAACUAUUGCUGUUAUUAUCAUUGUUAUCUGUUAAAUUUCUUUUUCCUUGAAAUGGAUAUGAUUUACUUUGAAACAACUUGUAACACAAGGGAAUAGCUUGAAUAAUCAAUCUAUACUGUAGCAGUACUUUUAAGUAUUUUUGUUUCUAUUAUUAUUAUUAUCUUUCUCUAUGCUAUAUAUUGUAGUUUUUAUUUAAGCCUACACUAUGUACUUCUACUUAUGUAUGUAUUUUAUCUUGUUAUUGGGAAUCAUCAAAUUGUUAAUUAGUGUUUUCCUCAAUUCCUUGUCAUUUUAUUUCUUCCACUUUGUGUCUCUUUCUGUUAUUUCAUUUUUAUCAUUAGCAGAUCUACCUCUAAAUCUACACUUAUUCAUUUUUUCUAUUACAAUGUGAUAUUUUUUAAGAAAACAGUAUCGCUGGCUACCAGUACUAAUCAUAUAAAACAACUUCACGAGUGUAUAGCAAAUUUUUAAUCGAGCGAUGCCUUAUAUAUAUAUCAAUCGGUUCUGUAUUCCUCCAUGUCUACAUAAUUUUUCCCCUAAAGUAUCAUUUAUUCAUAACUGUUAGUUUUAGCUAAUACCACAGAUAUAUCAGCGAGAAACGUAGGUUAUUUUCCAUAUUUUCAAACUUUCGACACAUUUUGUUUGGUUGAAUUAUUGUAGGAUAAUAUUCUUUCAGCUUUAGUUUUAUACUAUCUUUCUUCUCUGGCCUGUUAUAUUUUGCUUAUUUGGAGGAUUUAAUAUCAUCUAAGUUGUGAAAUUAUCCGAUCAUUUAUAAAUUCAUGUAUGGUAUUUUAUAAAUAUAACGGAAAUCAUCAUUAUACAUUUUUCCUUGCUAAAAUAUUUUUCAGAUAAGAUUCCUCAUUUUUGUUCGAACUUUUAACGACUAAUCCAAUUAAUUGAAAGUUUCUGGGCUAUUUGCAUGUGCAGUCCUUAUAAAAAUUUUGUUACACUUAGUCCAAUACAUGAAUCUUUACUUACGCCGUGGAAUGUAUUACGUCAUAUGGGUAGUCAGAAUCGAGAUAGCUUCUUUCGUUUUGUGCACACAACUCUGUGUAGGUUAUGGCCGGCUUUGUUAGACUACGAAACAGAAAUUUCCCGCUUCGUCAAAUAUACUUGACGGUUUAUGCGUUAUGCGGUCACUGUGAUUUUCCACACUUGAUCUGGGAUCAGCGUAUUGCGAAGUGAAAAUACGAGUUUAGAAGAAAACUGAACCAUUCUCUGUAGUAUUAUGGUUAACUACCAGAACUAAAUUUAGCCUUAAAUCUUUCUCGAUUAUUUACUGACGGUCUGCUUCGAAACAACGGCGACUAUUAACAAGCUUUCUAUCAAUUCAGCAUGUAAUACGCGUGUCUUGUGUAACGCAGUCUGACAUGAUGAAUAAAAAUAACAGUCACAAUAAAAUUCAGAGGAUAAUCUCGUUUUAUAAAAAAAACUAAUAAUAUGAC